UAUCUAAAACUUUCAGAGCAACGAACGCGUGUUUUCUCUCAAUUCAACUAUCGGUGAUUUCAGUGAAAAUGCUCCGUCGUCAGGCACGGCUCCGCCGGGAAUACGUGUACCGAAAAGCGGUCGAAAGUAAACACAAAGCAUUGCAGGACAAGAAGGCAAAAAUCAAAAAGGCUCUAGAGGAUCACACCUCAAUCCAUGGAGAUUUGAAAAAGGAUGCUCUAACACUGCAGGAUAAACUAAAAUGGAACGACGAAGGACCGAAGCGAGCUGCUGAAAUUGGAGGAAUCAGUGGUGGAGCUAAUACGGCAAACUCCCAAGACGAUGAGUACCGGUAUGCAGGUUGUGAAGACCCGAAAAUUAUGAUUACAACGUCUCGUGAUCCGUCAGCUAAACUGAAACAGUUUGUAAAGGAGCUGAGGCUAAUUUUUCCCAAUGCUCAACGCAUGAACCGAGGUAACUUUGAAAUGAAGCAACUAAUUCACGCAUGUCGCGCCAAUAACGUAACGGACUUCAUCGUGGUUCACGAACAUCGUGGCGUUCCAGAUAACCUAAUUAUCUGUCAUCUGCCCUACGGGCCAACCGCAUCAUUCAACAUGUCAGAUGUAGUUAUGCGCCAUGAUAUCCCAGAUAUUGGUCCCAUGAGCGAACAAAAGCCGCACCUGAUAUUUCACAAUUUUAAGACCAAACUGGCAGAGAGAACGAUGUCUAUCCUAAAGUACCUGUUCCCGGUGCCGAAAGAAGACUCGAAGCGAGUGAUGACUUUUGCAAAUCAUGACGAUUAUGUCAGCUUUCGGCACCACACGUUCAAAACAGUUGAAAAGGAAUUGGAACUGACAGAAGUGGGACCGAGAUUUCAGCUGAAACUUUACCAAAUCAAGCUAGGCACAUUGGAUGAACUGGACGCAGCAGAUACAGAAUGGGUCUAUCGACCGUACAUGAACACGGCUGCUAAACGAAGAUUCUUCUCCGACGAUGAUGGUUGGCAACAAGACGAUGAUGUUCAAUAAAAUCUAUAUUUACUUA